UUGACAACCAGUAAACAACAUGGCGGCUGUGUAAUCGCUCAAUCAGCUCCCCGCUACAGUCGAGGCAAGUCGCCGACUGAUCGCCGCAAGAAUGUGACGGCGUCUGGAGUUAAAUGCCUCUCGCAAAAUGACGUUAUUCCUCCCAAAAUGACCAACAAGAACAAAUGUGCCAAGAAGCCAAGGCUGCGAUAUCUGGACUUGUCGUUUGAAGGACGUGACCAGGCUCAUCGCGCCGGCAUCAGUAACGGGAGACGACCACACGGGGGCUACAAAGGAUGUUCGAAACAUCCGCCCACGCCCUUAUCUCAGGAGAAGAGCCGGGAGUACCACCGGAAGUUGCGCGCGGAGAUCGACCAGCUGUUUGACGAGGAGUUCCUUGAGGUCCAUGGGUCUCCGACAUGGAGCGUGGAGGCGAGCAAAGAGGUCACUCACAGUGGAGAGUCGCCGCUCUUCUUGCACAAGUUCAUGUCUCCCUCUAAGGAGGAACACCAGUACAUUCGGCUCAGCAAGUCAGCAGUACUGAACCCCAACAAAUGUCAGCCUCCCCUGUCCCGGGACGGCGUCACGUACUACCGGCCGAACAGAACCCACCAGUACCUCUCAGCCACAGAACUGAAGGACCAGAGCCAAAACGAGGUCAACCUGAAGUAUGGCCGACCAACCAGAACGACGUUACUCCGGGCACGACAACGAACAAACUCAGCACCCGUCAACUCCUAUGAAAUACGACGAGAGACAAUGAAACGGGAGGGCGAGAUUAAAACAGGCUCUGCAUACACAAACACCAAAGAAUUCUUUCAAGAACUCCACGCAACCAAUGGCGAGUCUUUCCAUUCCUUCAUAACCGGAGCACGCUACAACAGGGCCCACUGUUUAGAUUCCAAGAGUUUGACAAUGUAUGGAGUCUACAUGCCGAGGAACAAUCCUACAGCGUGUUUUGUCACUCACAAGCUGAAGGAUGUAUUCGACACUCCGUGUGCCCCUCCAGACUCACCCCGCUCUGACGUUGAUGAGGUUUCCUCCCCGAUGACUCCCCGAAGACCAAAGACAGCUCCCGGAUAUGGCCGAAGACCUACUCCGGCUACCAGCCAACCAAAACAGGCCUGGGGCGACAGUCACGGGAACGAGGCUGACAAACAUGGCGACGAGAGAGUUUAUGAAGAGUUGAUAUUCUGGCCAAGUGGAUUAAACGUGAAAGGUCGAGGAAUGGGUGUCACAUUGAACCGAGCUAACAGCAUGCCAAAGCUGAACUCCCGAUUACCGUCCGUGCAAGGAAUAUCGAUGGAGCGAAUCCGGAAGUCACGUGACCCUGUUGAGGAAACAUCGUUGAUCAACCAGCCUCCUCCUACACCAAAUGCCAUGUCGGCCAAGGAUGGAGCGGAUAAAUCGAAUCACAUGACAGAAGAGAAGGUGAAGGACGAUGAGGAACCACGGAAGGAGCCGGUAAUCAAACCCCGGAAACCGAAGCCGAUCUUGGUGGACAGAUCGGUAAAUGUACCGUCAGUGUCCGGUGAUUCAAAUCACUGGAACGACGAACCGCUUAUAAUCAACGCACACGCAGUUCCGCAGACAAGAUCUCAUCCCGGGAGUGUUAAAAGUGUUACCAUACAGAGGGAAACAGAAGAAAUUAAAGAGAAAAUAUUGGAAAACCCAAAGGAAGAACCUACAGAGGAACAUGAUAUACCACGUGAUGAACCUAUGGCUGGCGAGGAACAUUUGGCAUUCAAGGACUUGGACAUUGAACUCCCUAGUGUCACGGAUGGAGCCUCAAUGGAGCCGUUACAGAUGAGUGAGCAAGACAUGACGCCAGACGUCGACGAAGUCGUUGAAGGCCCCAUCACACCGUCCAAGGAAGAGGUUGCGCAGGAAAGUAGUCCCCCUCUUACGGGUCCCAUCAAUGAUGCCAGUGUUGCGUUCUUCUUAACAGAGAAUGGUCAGAAUAAAAAGGGCCCGGAUGGUGACUGUGACGUCAUCAACACUUCCGUCGAAACCCAGGAUACAAGGCCAGUACUGGGUAACGCUACUAGCAUGGCUAUACCCGCUCUAACUGUUGAAGAAGCGUCGGUUAGUGAUGAAAAUGACACUGCUGAUGAUGGCAUAAGAGAUAAUAGUGCAGCGGAAGAAUUCGCCUCAAAAGAAGUCUCCAAGGGAGAUAACUCUGUUCCACAGACAGAAGAUGACGUGAAGCUACCAGAAGCUUGAUUCAAAAAUAUUUCAGCAUUAUUCCAGCAUUACUUCAGCAUUUCCGUGUCAGCAUUACCACGUGUUACGUCACGUUAAACUGUCUGCCAUUCAACAACCUUUACAAUGAAUUAAUAUUCAUUGGAUGAUUAAUUAUAUUUUAUAGUUUUAAAAAUCAUGUUUUCGUGCUGUGACAUAUAUAAUUAUGUGUUCAAUGUUUUACCUAUGAAAUAGGUCACUACCAUGCCGUUUUGGUGUUUUAAUGUGUUUUGAAAUAUACGAAAUGUAUUUUAUAGCUGAAGAGGAAACAAAAGGUCAAGUUAGUUCUUAUGUUUCAUCCUCCAACUAAAACAGCAUAAUCAACAUCAGUUCAGCAAACCUCCAUCUAAAUGUUUCCUAUAUCAAAGAUAUCCCUGUUUGUUUCACAUAGACGUAUUUGUGCUCUUAACUGUUACUUGACACGGGCCAAUUGGAAUCCAGCAGGAUUGGUUCAAGUUUGUGAAAAACAAUUUUGUGUUUCAAAUCGUAAUAUGCCUAUCCGUCUAAAGUUUGGCAGAUUUGAGGAGAAAGGGUUUCGUAGUGUGGCCGAGGACUCCUAAUUCCCAAGUCAAUGGUGAACAGAAUUCCGAGAUAACAUGAAUCGCCCCUUAAACAUGUAAGAUGUGCUUCAAGAUGAAAAUUGCACCUGGAAAAAUGCCGGGAACACCUGUUUCUCAUUUUAAUAUAUUCUGAUCUUCCAUGUAUCUUAUGGAAAUAUCAACAUGUGUCAUUGGUCUCAUUGUGAAAUGUGUCUACGAUAUCACUGAUAGCUGUUGCAACGUUAGUACGAGAACAAUGCAGCUCCUUUAGAUGAUCGAAAGAACUUAGGCACAUCAUAUGAUGUAGGAACAGGCCAAGUAUUGGAGUGAGUGAGUGAGUUGGGUUUAACGCCGCUUUUAACAGCAUUCCAGUUAUAUCGCGGCGUGUCAGCUUAAUGUGGGAGGAAAGCAAGUCUCAGACGUUUACCACUUCGG